GAGGGGUAGAGAAAAAAAAGCAGUUAUCAACAGGAUGUGGUGGUGUCAGACAGGAAGUCGGUGCUGACGGGAGUGUGCAGAGAUCAUCGCAGCCAUGCUUUGCAGGCUUGUGUUGAAUACUUCAUUGCAACAUUUCACCCAACAAUUCUCUAUGGAUAAUGCAUCAAACCGCGUGUUGUUUCUUUAUCUCUCUAACAUUAAAAAUGAUCAAGUAAAAAUUGACAAAUUUAAUAAUUUAACGGCCUUUCUAUAAUUUCAGGUUUGAUAAGUGUCCCGUGCAGUUAUAGCAGGAAUAUCCAGGCAAACUAUGAUAUUUAAUUCUUGCAUAAAGUGUUUUCUUUGCUUUUUCUUUUCUUUUCUUUUGAGAAUCUAACUGGUUCUCAGUGUAAACAGCAGGUCAUUUCUCUCAUAUUUGCCUCAUAAAAACUCAAACAACUAAAAUUGAACACGUCGUUCCCAUCGAUAUAAAAUCCAUCCUCGGAGGUUUAACACCAAAAAAGUAGUUUUCAGUGAGAACACUUGACAGUGAAAAUGAGGUGUAUAAACUCCAGCUUGUCCUUGUGUACUGUUUGAAGAUGAAAAUGAAUAAAUGAGUUUCUCAGGUAGGAUUUACCCUCCUCUGCUGUACAUCUCCAGCAUUUCCAGCAGAAGCCCGCCUGCCUGUAAGAGAGGAACCGAGGAAGCUCGGGAGACGCGUCUGCAGAGCGCAGGCUUUGUACAGGAGGGGGCGGAGAGAGAGAGAGAGAGAGAAAGAGAGAGCGAGAACGAGAGAGAGAGAGAGAGAGCUGUGACAGCGCUCAUCACCCACUGAACAACCAGGACGGGUUGCAUCCGAGCAAUCGCUGUCAUUCGCUGACGGAGUUUACAGCCUUUGCGCCGCUUUUUCUUUCGAUCUUUUUCUGCCGCACCCCCUCCCUCUCCCGGUGCUGCCCAGCCAGUCGACCAUGGUUUCUAUAAUUUCAGACCUGGACCCUCUGAAAAGCUGGAACGUGUUAAGGCAGGACGCCAGUGACCUCUCUGGACCGAUACAAAGUAACGGCACGGCCGGAAAAAUGAACGGGGCGCUGGAGCAUUCGGACCAGCCAGACCCGGACGCCAUCAAGAUGUUUGUGGGCCAGAUCCCACGCUCCUGGUCAGAGAAGGAGCUGAAGGAGCUAUUUGAACCGUAUGGAGCCGUCUACCAGAUCAACAUCCUCCGAGAUCGCAGCCAGAACCCUCCACAGAGCAAAGGCUGCUGUUUUGUCACGUUUUACACAAGGAAAGCUGCCCUUGAAGCUCAGAAUGCACUGCAUAACAUAAAGACCUUAACAGGGAUGCACCACCCUAUUCAGAUGAAACCUGCAGACAGUGAGAAAUCUAAUGCAGUGGAAGACAGGAAGUUGUUCAUCGGCAUGGUGUCGAAGAAGUGCAACGAGAACGACAUCCGGGUCAUGUUCUCUGCGUUUGGACAGAUCGAGGAAUGCCGGAUCCUCCGAGGGCCCGACGGGCUCAGCAGAGGAUGUGCGUUUGUCACGUUUUCCACCAGAGCUAUGGCACAGAAUGCAAUCAAAGCCAUGCACCAGUCUCAGACUAUGGAGGGCUGCUCAUCUCCCAUCGUGGUGAAGUUCGCCGACACGCAGAAGGACAAGGAGCAGCGGCGUCUGCAGCAGCAGCUGGCGCAGCAGAUGCAGCAGCUCAACAGUGCGACCACCUGGGGGAGCCUGACGGGCCUGGGCGGCCUCACCCCGCAGUAUCUGGCUGUAAGGAGCGCCGCCGAGUCGCCCACCUCCAUCACCUCCUCCACAACCCCUUACUGCAGCCCCGUGGCCAACUCAGCAGCAUUGCUUCAGCAAGCAGCCUCCUCUGGUAACCUAGGAGCCUUCAGCGGGAUCCAGCAGAUGGCCGCGGGCACCACAGCCAGCUCCAACGCCGGCGCCAUGAACUCUCUGACCUCUCUGGGCACCCUGCAGGGCCUGGCAGGAGCAACUGUGGGCCUGAACAACAUUAAUGCACUAGCAGUUGCUCAAAUGCUCUCAGGUAUGGCGGCUCUAAACGGAGGCCUGGGCGGCGCAGGGCUCACCAACGGGACGGCAGGCACCAUGGACGCGCUGACGCAGGCUUACUCAGGGAUCCAGCAGUACGCCGCCGCAGCGCUGCCCACCCUCUACAGCCAGUCCCUGCUGCAGCAGCAAGGGGCUGCCGGCAGCCAGAAAGAGGGUCCUGAAGGUGCCAACCUGUUCAUCUACCACCUGCCCCAGGAGUUUGGAGACCAGGACAUACUGCAGAUGUUCAUGCCUUUCGGAAAUGUGGUCUCUGCCAAAGUCUUCAUCGACAAACAGACAAACCUUAGCAAGUGCUUCGGCUUCGUCAGCUACGACAAUCCAGUGUCGGCACAGGCAGCCAUCCAGGCCAUGAACGGCUUCCAGAUUGGCAUGAAGCGGCUGAAGGUGCAGCUGAAGCGCUCCAAGAACGACAGCAAACCGUACUGAUCUUAGCACUAGGGUCUAUCUGCUCCCCAUGUUAGCACUGCUAGGAACAACCCAUCUCCAUGCCUGUUAGCUCAUCGUUUGCCUAGCAUGUCUCCGUGGUGUCGAAAAAAACACAAAACUUUAAACAAAAACAAACAAACAAAAAAUACCCACCAAAAAAAAAAGUGCCAUCGUCCUCCUCCUCCUCCCCCCAUCAUUGUUUUUUCUGAUGUCUUUUCCGAGCUCACCUGAUCAUAACCUGGUUCUCCUCCUCCGCCACCGCCGUCUACUGACCUUUUUUGAACUUUUAGCUUUUUUUGGACUUUUUUUUUUUGUUUGUUUUUUGGUCUUUUUAUGUUUUUUUGUUGUUUUGUUUUUGGGGUUUUUUUGUUCUUUUGCAUGUGACCUCAUUUGGAUCUGUUUUCCGGGAGGGUUUCAGGGAGGGAGGGAGGCGAUAAGGGAGGUGUGGGUAAGAAAAUGAAUCAAUGUGAACAACAACAUAAAAAAAGCUGCAUUCGUAUGAAAAACAACAAAAAAAAGACUGAGAUUUUUAUGGAUAAACAAAUGUUCCUUUUUUUUCUUUUUGAGAAAAAACAACAACCUGUGGCAAAGUGAUUUCCAUACAGUGUGUUUUUCUUUUGUUUCUUCUUCUUUUCUUCUUUAUUGUUGUUAUUAUUAUGUCAGUUAUUUUUCCUUCCUUCUUCAUUUAAAGUAAACUUGAAAGUUCACAACAGGAAUUGGCGCAUCUUCUUGCUUCUGGUGCCGAUGGAGAGGAGAAAAAAACACACAAAAAACACACACAAAAAAAGCCACAAGAGCGCGGGCCAGAAGCAGUCGGCGUCAGUUUCUCUGAGAAAUAAGACUACUUCCAAACAGUUUUGAAUAAAAACUGUCUGAUCAAUAUUAGACUCUCUCAGAGCUCUCUAAUGGUUUUUACAUUUUUCAGGCAGUGUAAAGUUUUUUGAUAAGGCCAUUUUAAGUGGCUCUGUUUCUCAUUCAAAGUCUAUAUAUAGAACCACUUUUUUCUAGAGUAGUUUAAAGGUAAAAAUAAAAAAACGACAUUUGCCCUGUUUGGGGGGGAGAAAUGCUACCUACUUGUGUCACCUUUUGCUGAACUGACUCACAGAUAGACAAUCCGUGGUUUAAAUGCACAUGAUGAAAUGACCUAUAUUUUCUACUGUUUAAAUGUAUAGAGGAAAAAAAAUACUACGAUACCUGUAACCCGCGUUAACGUCGGUGCUUCUCGUGAGUUUAGUUGUGGUUUCAUCACAAGUCUAACGGUCUUAAAUGUCUCAUGUUUUUCAAGAGAAGACUAAAAAAAAAAAUCAGUUUACUUGAACAAUAGACAAAGCCUUUCAUAUUACUAUAACAGUUACUUUGUUUUUUAUUAUAAUUUUCUUUUUUUUUAAGGAGUCCCUAUUUGCUAAAUUUCCUGUUGGUUAAUUACCUAUAUGAAAUUCCUAAAAAUAUAUAUAAAUAUAAAUAUAUCUAUAUAUAUAUAUAUAUAUAUAUAAAAUGUCAGCUUGUGAAGCAUCAAUGUCAUUAUUAUUUUAUUUCUCUCGUGGGAAACAAUAUUUAGAUGUGUUUUUGUUGUUCAGCAAAAUGUCUUAUAAAGAAAAAAAGACAAAAUCAGUGGAGUUUAGUGCCAAAUUCUGAAAGGUACUUCCUGCCUAGCGCGUCAGUGUAUUUCUUGUGAAAUUAUUUGAUAACAUGGGUAUUUUAUUAUAAGUGUUUUGUAUGGAUCCCUCAUAUUUAAAAAUAUAGAUUUAAAAAAAAAAGUUUGUUAACUUGCUAUUCUGUGGUCUUGUUGCCUGAAAAUGUCAUGUUUGCUUUUUUCUUUGUAAAGAUGUAACAAAAAAAAACAAAAAAAGAAAAAAAGUGCCCAUGUGUCAUAUAUAUAUCUAUACACACACACGCGCACACACAUUCAUACACACACGGACAUGCGCGCACACACUCUCGUGCAGACCUCACAGUUUACUUUGUUAUUGUGCAUGAGAGCCCCUGAGUGUGAAAGCCUCUACAGCAACCGCUACCGCCCGCCAGCGUGCACAAACACACACACACACACACACUUUAAAAACACACACACACACACACGAGUCACGCGCUGAUAUUUUUAGCCAUUGUACAGCAGUUUUACUCAUCAAAGCCUUACCACAAAUCUUUGCACUCCUGUUCUAUCUCUUUCUAUUAGUAUCUCUCAGACUUACACACAAACACAGACGUCAAGCUUCAGCGUGGAUUGUUUUGAUUGUUUUCCCGCGCUCCGUCCCGCUCCUCAGCUCCCCCCAAAAAAUGAUAAAUAAAGAAAUAAAAAUGGAGGUGAGAGUCAUACGCAAAGCCUUAUUUCUCAAGAACCCUCUUAUCCCUUUUGUUGAGUUCAGAACGUCUCUGAGUCGGCGCCGUUUGUCUCAGACGGCGAGGAUCAUUACUUUUUGUGUAUCACCUCAGACGAGCGCGCUUGCUUUCAUGAUGUAAGCACAGGGCAAGACUCGUUCGUUGCAAACGAGCCUCGAUCUUUUGAGGAAAAAGCACACGCCGGCGUCGGCUGGUCAGGGGAGUGAGGCGGGAUGGGUCCGGAGCAAGUUUUGAGGCCGUUUGAUUUCCCCGUCGCCGAACUUGAUCCUUCUGACGUUUCCUCUUCUUCUUUUUUAUAUAAGCGGUCAUGAGACUUCUCCAUGUGCGAGUCUUGUGGUGUAAACGGGCCAAAAUCAUGUUUAGAUGCCAAAGUGUGUUAUUGACAUUCAUCAUAGUCGAGCCGUUUACAUGGCACAGUGUUGUCAGUCUAUUCAACUGCCCCCCGUCCCCCCUCCCUGAAAGCCUAGUUUACGGUCUGCAAAAAAACUACAAAAAAUUAAAAAAAAACACAAAAAAAACUAAAGAUGGCAGCAUUAUUUUCUACAGAAGCUCACCAGUAGCCUUAACCAGGGAGCGUUGUACCAGUAUUACAGGAGAUGUUGUCAGUCAGUGAUGUGUGCCAAGUCUAGGUUCACUUUUGUGUGCCGUUAACCUCUCACUCGUCUGGGUUUUCACUCUUCCGCCAUUUCGUACGAUCGGCCACAGCGGGAAGGCUGAAAUGGCGCCUCGCAGCAGUUGAAGGCGAUUCAGAGAGAACGAGAGAGAUGGAGGCAUCUGUUUGAAGGAUGCCCCUCUCCGUCUGGUUGUUGUCUCCCAGGCUAACCGGGGUUAUUAGAAACAGGGCUAUGUGGAGAGACGUCUUAUUGGAAUAGCGACGGGGGAAAUAAAGCGCUUGUUGGUUGGAAAAGGAAGGGUCACAUCCACGGGUCCCGCGCGCAGGCGAAAACAACAGCCAGAGCCGAGAUGAAGGCAAUACAGCUUUCAUUAUCCGCUCUCCGAGACCAAACGCGAUGCCAAACUUUAUGCGAUCUCACGGAGGGAGGUGAGCAGACUUCUUUUUUUCCUAAAUGCAGUACACACACACACACACACACACGAGGCGUGCCACAAACAGCCAUAGCUACCUGUACGAAAGCCGGACAGUCCCCAGAUCAGCGUCGAUGGACCAGGUUUCGUGUAGUCGCGCCUUUUUUCAGCUCGUUCCAGCGCUGUCGUUUCCACAUUCUGAGCGUCCCAAAAAAAGCAAAGACAAAUUGCCAAAUCUCACCGACUUGCACACAAGCCCCACGUCGCACAGUCUCAGUGUGAAGCAUCUCGUCUUUGUGUCCAUGUCGAAGCACAACAGGGCCGUAGAAACGGAGUUUCUGUCGAGCGGCUCGCCUCAGGGGCUGUCAUCGCCGAUGCUCGUUGUAAUCUUUCUAUCUUGUCACUGUUCACUUCUCUGUUCUCCUUCUUUCUUAAUUAUCUUAAGUGCUAUUUAUCAAACAAUGAAAUCUGAAAGGAAAAAAAAAAUUGAACUUGUCGUUUUUUUGCAUUAUGGCUUAUGUCAAGUUUUUUGAGGAAAAAUGUUUUGUGUGUUCUCUCUUCCUGUGGCGUAAAAAAAGAGCUUGUUGUCUGUAGAGAUUAUCCAAUUUUCUUUUCUUUUUUUGGGGGUUGUUGUUGCUGUUUGCUGUUGUUGAUUUGUUUCUUUUUAAUUCUCAAAAAGGUUUUCAAGUAGUUUUCAAAGUUAUUGUCUCGAGAGAAGCCAAAGUCAAUGCAUUUCAGUGGAUCCUGUAAGCGUGAUGUAUGUUUGUUUGACAACUCUUCGAAAAUCUGUCACUGGAUGGGAUUUAAAAAGUACAAAAAAUGCAGGCUUUCCUAUUUCUACAACUGAUUGUACUUAUGCAUUUUGUACCAGUGGAAUUUUUUAUACUGGAGAUUAAAGGAUACAACAAAAAAAAUCUUAGAAAAAAAAAAAAAAACGCUGUCUGGCCUGGUGGUGUGGCCUGACCCUGACUGGUCCCCGAGUAUGAUUUCUAGCUGGCAUCGAGAAAGUUGGCUUUUGAUAUAAGAUUUUCUAGGAGAUCUUUGGCUUUAUUUCUUUCACUUCUUUUUCCUCACUUGAGUGUUGUUCUUUCUUUCUACCUUUCUUUCUAAUUUUUUUUCCCCUUUUUGUCCGAAAAACAGAGCAUAGGUGAGUGUCAGAUCUUUCAUUUUUUGCUUUAUAAAUAGUUCUUAGCAAGUUUGUCUAUACAACAGCGGUAAGUUUCAUUUGACUUCUGUAUUGUGCCGUCUACACGAUAAGACAAUUAUAGAAAAAGAAGGAAUAGAAAUAUUUAGUCACCUUCAGUGGAUUAAUGUAUUAGUUUAAUAAAGAGAUCAACUAAUUAGAAGAUUUUUGCUUUUAGCUGUUUAGAUUUUUCCGGUUUCUCUGUCCUUCUCUGUGAACUAACUGUGUAGCUGAAGCAGUCAGAAUUAUUUUUGUAAACGUAUGUUCUUGUGUGAUGCAGUUUUUUGCUUCUGUCUCCUAUAUUAAACCAUUUUUCCUAA